UCAGGUCCAUCCAGAAACUGGAGGAGCUCAAUGUGGGAAGGGAGAAUUUAGAGGAGGAGAUGAAGUCUCUGACCCAGCAGUGCAAUGGCAACGGGAACACACCCGCCUCUGAGGACAAUAACAACCCUCCAUCUGUGACCCCAGAACAGACCCGAGGGGGAGGGGUUCUCUGCAGCACCCCGCAACGCACCGUGGGGGGACGCCCAGUCCUUCCUCCCAAUGAGUCUCCAGUCGUCUCCCAGAGUGAGCAAAAACAGAGAGGAAGUCAACAAAGUGACUCCCCAGGCUCCUUGUCCCGAAGUAAAGAGGGUGACAAGUCUAAAAGCCUGUUUGUGCCGGUGCAUUCUUUGGAAGAUACUCAGGCUGUUAGAGCUGUCGCCUUUCACCCGUCCGGAUCGCUCUACGCUGUGGGAUCCAAUUCCAAAACUCUGCGUGUUUGUGCUUAUCCAGAAACAUUAGACACAAGUAGUUCAGGUGCAACAAAGCAGCCUGUCGUUCGUUUCAAGAGGAACAAACACCAUAAAGGAUCCAUCUACUGCGUGGCCUGGAGCCACUGUGGGCAGCUGCUGGCUACAGGCUCCAAUGACAAAUAUGUCAAAGUCCUACCUUUUAGUGCAGAGACAUGCAACGCCACAGGCCCAGACCUGGAGUUCAGCAUGCAUGACGGCACCAUCAGAGACCUGGCCUUCAUGGAGGGUCCAGAAAGUGGAGGAGCCAUCUUGAUUAGCGCCGGAGCUGGAGACUGUAACAUCUACACCACCGACUGUCAGAGAGGACAGGGUCUGCACGCCCUUAGUGGACACACAGGUCACAUUCUGUCUCUGUAUACGUGGGGAGGCUGGAUGAUUGCCUCUGGUUCUCAAGACAAGACGGUGCGUUUCUGGGACCUCAGGGUGCCCAGCUGUGUCCGAGUAGUAGGAACUGCAUUCCAUGGUUCAG